UGGCGCACCAUGUCUCGUACAUGUAUGCCGCGCAGCGCGAUGAGUUGCUGCCGGUGCCCAUCUUCUUCCACUCACUUGUUCCCUCCCGAACCCUCGUGGCGCGGCUGCCGUCGGCGUCGUGCAAUGCGCCUUGCAGGAACGCUUCAGUGACUUCACCAUUGGCAACGGGCGCCGUGACGUUUGAUGCUCGCGUGUGCCUGAGCUUCCGCCUCCUCUGACCGCGCGCAUGAUUGACAUUCGCUGCGGUGGCACACGAUGAGCAAUGUCAUCGACCUGGUCUCGCCUGCUCCCCAAGCAUGGAUCGUCGAGCAACCACAACCGAACCAAGCCGCGACCCCCGAAUGAAUGCCUCGACCCGCCCACGCUCAACCCCGAGCGCGCAGUGCAAUCGCGUGCGCCCGCAGCACGCCAGCAUGCUCACAGUCGGUCGGUGAGCCACCCGCUGCCGAAGAUCUUUGGCCGCAAGAAGAGCGCCGGCAACUUCCACGAGACCGAUGUGCCGCUCGACGACGACCUUGUGCCUGUCCUGGACGAGCCCGCGCCCAAGAAACCCACCCGCGUCAUUUCGGGCAAGAGAAGUCAGGUCGUGGAUGAGGAUGGCAAGGCGACCAGAGUAUGCAUGUGUUGCGAUAGCAAGUGCAAAGUGCCCCAAGAGCUGUCCAGAUUCAGAUGCUUGUGCUGUCUGACCAUAAAUGACCUCAAGCCUGUCGAGGAACAGGUCGAGGACGACAAGAGCCGGCCCCAUCCGCAUAGAGCAGCCACAGAUCCAGUUCCAGCCCAUGCGGCUGGUGCAGCUUUGCCCGUUUCGCUGGCGAAGACGCGCGCCAUCAUUGACCGGUGCGUUGUGACAUAUUUGCAAGGACGACGGCAACGAUCAGGACCGACUCAGCAGCGGCCGACCAACGUCCAGAGUGAUGUGUUCGGCCCCGAUCAGCUACCCGCAGCACUCGCUGUGCAUCAGCUGAAGGCAGAAGAUAAUGCUGGAGACCUUGCAGAUACGCCUUUGUCAGCUUCACCAUCUGACGGUCCCACAGCUUCAUUGGCGAUUCCUGCGUCCGGACGGACAACGCAGGAGCGGAACGACUCUGAACGUUUUGCCAAUUCGCGGCGUGAUUUGCCUUCCGAUUCUGCUGUGCCCCCUCCUAGCAGAGGUGGACAAUCCAGUGUGACACCACGAAAGCCAGUGCCUGCUCCACCGAACAGAAAACCGCCUCCACCUCCUGUGCAGAUGCCGAACAGGCGGCCUUCGCAUAACCUACUGCCUCCAACGAACGGCCAAUUGACUCCACGUGCUCGCGCACAUUCGCCCCGGGCUCAUCAAAGCCCACAACUAACAGCUCAGGAGGUUGAGCAGCGUCGCGAAUAUGACAGAAUCAAAUCCAUUUUCAGACCGCUUGAGGACUACUUGGUUGCGAGCUUCGGUGACUUCAAGUGCCUCAACAGCUCCUUCAGUACAGCUCGGCCUGGCAUGAAUGGUCGCACGCGGAGUGAAAGUGAAAUCAAGACGCCAUUCAAAGAGCCCGUGGCCAGCACUUGGAAUCCUAGCCCAAUGGAUGGCUUGUCGGAGCUCGAUGCGAAGACAUUGUUGCUCGGUGAUAUUGGCGAAAAUGGCACUUGGUGGACUGGUCGUCUUGCCAGCAAGGAGACCGAAAAGGCAACAAGGCGUAAAAAGGUGGGCGAGGGACCGCGUCGGCCUGUCAGCUCGAAGUCACCAAACAUCGAUUGGACCGAAGUUGCGCUGUGGUACGACAUGAUACAUUCCGCUGGCGACGAUUGGCGCACGAAACAAGACCAACUUCUGUCUGACGAUGAAGGAAGCAGCAAUGCUGUCCUCCGGCAUGAAAUAGACAGCGAAGAAAUUGAUGACGACAUGGCAGACGCGAGGGAACAUGCCAUCAGGACCUUGCUCAAGUUGACAGAAAACGUCUUGAAGCGGCCUUCAAAGCCAUUGCGGGAGCCCGAAGAUCUGCGAUGGCUGCUCAUAAUCCUCGCCAAUCCUUCCCUUUACCCUUCCACAAAGCCUCAGCGGACACGGUCUGGUGGAGAACGAUAUCUGAGCAGGUCUACCUCAGACAAGCUUGCGGGAAAAAUGCCCGCCAGUCCUGUCCAGCGCACUCCUGGCAAGACCUCUAGCCGUGGCGGGAGCCAACACAAUGGACUGUUGAAACGUAUCUUUGGACUCUUGGCGCACGCCAACGAGAAUUGUCAGCGAUACCUCAUCGGCUGGUACUCGCGUUUUGAUGAAGAACUCUUCAUCAAGCAUGUAGAUCUAGUGGCAAGUUUCGUGACAUACAGGAUUGAUCGCAGGUCCAGUCGUGCUCGGGGCAAGAGUAGUGCGGCCGACAAUGGCCUCAUUCCUAAUCUUUCAGGCGGCUCCAUGAACACUUCUGCUCAAUUGCAUUCCGCCAUGGGCCUGAGUGGUUCGAUUAAUCGAGGAAGGUCCGAGAAUGUGGAUGAGCCUGAUUGGUCGGGCGACUGGCAGCUGAAAGCUGCCGCUCGCGUGAUGGCAAUGCUGUUCCAUGCGAACAAUAUCUGGCAGGGCAAGCGACUCAAACUGGAAGACAGUCAUCUGGUGAGCGCAGACCUCAGCAACGGCUUGUUGACGCCGGCAGCAAAAGCGAAACGUAGCGGCCAACUACUGCACACUUCCAGCUUCUACAACACACUGCUUGAUUAUCUCGAUAUGAUCGAAGACUUCAAAGAGUGGGAGAAGCGAAGGGACAAGUUCACUUUCUGCCAGUACCCGCUGUUCAUCUCCAUUGGCACCAAAAUCAAGAUUCUGGAGUUCGAUGCUCAGCGACAGAUGUCAUUGAAGGCCCGGGAGGCUUAUUUUGAUCAGAUAUUUCGAUCCACAAAAAGCGACGGUCAUUUCCACUUGCGCGUUCGAAGAGAGUGCAUAGUGGAUGACAGUCUGCGGCAGAUCAGUGAAGCCGUGGGCGCCGGGCAAGAAGACUUGAAGAAGGGUAUGCGUGUUCAUUUCGCCGGAGAGGAGGGCGUCGACGCCGGCGGACCACGAAAGGAAUGGUUCCUGAUGCUCGUGCGCGAGAUCUUCGACCCUGACCACGGCAUGUUUGUGUACGAUGAAGAGUCGAACAUGUGCUUUUUCAACCCAAACUCAUUCGAGACUUCGGACCAAUACCAUCUGGUUGGUGUGUUGUUAGGGCUGGCCAUCUACAACAGCACCAUACUCGAUGUUCCGCUACCUCUGUUCACCUUCCGCAAACUUCUUGCUGCUGCUCCCGCCUCCAUAACUGGCUCUUCGAAUUCCAAUGUUUCUUCUUUGACCGGAACAAAAGGCCAAAUGACAUACACCUUGCAAGAUCUCGCCGAAUUUCGACCAUCUCUUGCUGCUGGUCUGCAAAAGUUGCUCGACUUCGACGGCGAUGUUCAGGGUACCUUUGCCCUCGACUUUGUUGCAUCUGUCGAGCGCUAUGGCAUUGUUCAAGAUGUCCCGCUGGCCCCAAAUGGACAAAACACGCCUGUCACAAAUGCGAAUCGCCAUGAGUUCGUGGAUGCAUAUGUACGCUAUCUGCUUGACACGGCUGUGGCUCGACAAUUUGAGCCCUUCAAGCGAGGCUUUUUCACUGUCUGUGCCGGCAAUGCUUUGUCUCUAUUUCGUGCGGAAGAGAUCGAACUGCUCAUUCGCGGCAGCGAUGAAGCGCUUGACGUUGACUCCUUGCGCGCCGUUGCCCAAUACGAGAAUUGGCGGCACUUCCAGCCUCCCCAUCAGCUGAUUGCCAAUCCGGCCGAGCAGGUCCCCGUCAUCGGAUGGUUCUGGGAACUCUUCAGCGAAGCUUCCCCAGAGAAGCAAAGAAAAUUGUUGACUUUUGUCACGGGUUCUGAUCGAAUCCCAGCUGUUGGCGCCACCAGUCUCAUCUUGCGAAUCCAGGCUGGCGGAGAUGGUUGGGGCGGAGGUGGGCCAGAUGAACGAACGAGGUUUCCUGUCGCUAGGACGUGUUUCAAUAUGUUGGUGCUGUGGAGGUAUGAUUACCGGGAACAGUUGGAAGAGAAGCUGUGGAGGGCUGUUGAUGAGUCGGAAGGCUUUGGGUUGAAAUGAAGUGAUCAAGUCAACUGGCGCGGGAGAGACGGCCAACUGAAGUUCCAUCGGGAUUGGCUUCCACCUGAGACAAGACCUGGUGUCUGGAUAAUGAUGUGUGUAGUAAUGCGAUCAAUAGACUGUAAGAUGCCGCGGCUUUGGCAUGUAACCUACAUGUAAAUAGAACGAUGGAACUCUGGCCUGUUGUUCAUCAAUUACCUCUACGAA